AUGGGAUCAAUUUGUUAAUCGCAUUCCUGUUCAGUUGAAUACACAUCUCAAUUAAGCACAAGUGUGAACUUUCUCAAACCGAUAAUUGAUUAACAAUUGUAGGAUGAAAUAAUGGAGGAAUCCUUGUCUCCUACUGAUUUUGACAAGGAGUUCACUACCACCAAGUCAAUGCUCCCCAGAUCUCCAGAUGUCAUACCGAAGUCGCCUUUGAAUUCCCCCACACCUAAUGAUUCAGUUGUAAUAUCCAAAUUUCACAUAACAUCUGACGACUUUGUUAAGUUUAGAUAUCAGAACUACGCUGAUUCUUACUAGAUCGAAAGAUCACUCGGUUCUGGCAGUUACGGCGAAGUCUUUAUUGUCAGAAACAAGCAAACGAGUACCUACUCGACAUUUAAUUUUUAGGUUAAUUGAGAGCCAUGAAACAAAUCAAAAAACAAUAAAGUUCGUUGAGUAAGAAGUGUUUGAGAGAGAUGGAGAUUUUAUCAAAGUUAGAUCAUCCAUUUAUUGUGAAGGCAAUCGAAGUAUUCCAAGAUGACCAGAGUUACAACAUGAUUAUUGAGUAGUGUUAUUUAUUUGAGGUAGGCUACUCUAGGGAACUGAUCUACAGGAAGAUAUAUAGAAUAAUAAUAAGUUCCCUGAGGAAAAGGCAGCCAACAUAGGUUAUCAGUUGUUAUUGGCUCUGAGUUACAUUCAUAACCAAGAUGUAGUUCACAGAGACAUCAAGCCAGAGAACAUUUUAUAUCAAUACAAUAACGGGAACACUCUCAUCAAACUCAUCGAUUUUGGUAUCUCAACUGAAAUCAAAAAGAAUAGGAAACUCAGUUCUUAAUUAGGAUCAGUAAGAAUAUUCUUAAAUUAUUCAAGAUGUAUUUUAUGGCUCCUGAGAUCUUCAGUAAAGACUAUGGCAAAUAAAUUGACAUUUGGGCUUGUGGAGUUACCUUGUUCUAUUUGGUUCAUAAAAGAUAUCCCUUUAUGGGCAAGACCAAUUCGGAAAUGAAGAAUGCAAUUAAAAGUGGAAAUCUCUAAUUUGAUAAAUCUAUUACGCCUGAAUUAUAGUGUCUGUUGGUCAAGAUGUUGUAGGUGAAUCCCAACAAAAGAAUCACUGCUUAAUAAGCAUUGCAAGAAGAUUGGUUCGUUAAACAUAGAUUUUUAAGUCAAUUCAAUCAACAACUUAUUUUCAAAUUAAUAAAUUACCAUUCAACAACCCUAUUCGAAGAACUGAUAUUCUCAGUCAUUACAUACUUUUGUCAGAACUCUGAUGAUCAUGGCUAAGCCAUUUAAACCUUCUUAUAUCUAGAUGCAGAUCAAGAUGGCUAAAUUUCGAAAUAAGAAUUCAAGAAGUCCUUAUAUCAACUCAACAUCAACAAUUCCUCUUAGAAAAUCGAUGACCUCUACACCACUCUGAAUAAAUAGUCAGAUGAUACACUCACUUACAAAGGUAUUGUCAUCCAUCUCACUUGUAGAAUUCCUAGCAGCUUCAGUAGCCAGAGAUAAACUAUAAACAAAGAAAUGUUAGAAAUUUUGUUUUUAAUUGAUUGAUUAUGAUUAAGACGGCAAGAUUUCGGAAUCAGAUUUCUGUCAUCUGAUGGGCAAGAGCCACUCGAAUCUAUGGCACCUUCUAAACACCUCGAAUAGUUUAUAUAUAACAGAAGAAGAAUUUUAUAGUAUGUUUAAAUGUUGA